CAGGGCUACAGCUCUCAGAUGGGGCAGCUCUAGCUUGUCUGUCAGGUGCCGUCUGGAGCAAGGGUUCCUAAGUUGUCUUCUCUAAGAAGAAAAAGGAGUGAGAGCAUUGGAUGACAGUAAUGGAGUGAAGGAAAACAGCUUGCAGUAAGCUCAAGAUGUGGAGAUCAAAUCUCUUGGAAAGCAAUUUUUAAGGGAAAAAGCUGUGUGCUGGCAGGCAGGGGAAGGCUGAAGCUACUAAAAGAAUUUGCUGUAAUGUGCCUGUAAUACUAAUUGUUGCAAACUGGAGGAAAGGUUCCCAUCUUACUGCCCUGGAUUGACAGUCCGAGGAUGAAAGAAUAAUGGGAUCACUGGAAAGAUUCAGAAACAGACAUUGGAGUCACUUUAAAAAGGCAACAUGAAAGAAGCUGAGAAACCUCGAGCAGGGGAGAAAUUCUGCUGCAUUUCCAAGCUUAAGGUAUUUCUGCUGGCGCUAUCAUUUGCAUAUGUUGGUAAAACGAUGUCUGGUGCUUACAUGAACAGCAUGUACACACAGAUAGAGAAGCAGUUUAAUAUUCCGGCUUCUUUAGUGGGGAUCAUUAAUGGAAGUUUUGAAAUUGGCAACUUGCUGCUGAUUGCGUUUGUGAGUUACUUUGGAGCAAAGCUUCACAGACCCAGAAUAAUUGCUUUGGGCUGCACAAUUCUGUCAUUUGGCUGUCUUUUGAUAUCACUUCCGCAUUUCCUAAUGGGACGAUAUCAUAUUGAAAGCAGCAUUUCACCAUCAGAGAAUUCUUCACUCAUGCCUCUGUGCUUUGUUAAUCAAAGCUCUUUCUCUUUACCUACAGAGAAACCAUCAACAGAUUGUGAAAAAGAGCCUGGAUCCUUGCUGUGGAUAUUUGUGAUGAUUGGAAACAUAGUACGAGGAAUGGGUGAAACUCCCAUCAUGCCUUUAGGCAUUUCAUAUUUGGAAGAUUUUGCCAAAGCAGAGAAUUCACCUUUCUACUUAGGAUGCCUACAUACAGCAACUGUGAUCGGCCCCUUCCUUGGUUUCUUGUUGGGCUCAUUCUGUGCGAAACUGUUUGUUGAUCUGGGAUCAGUAAAUGCAGAGGACAUAACUAUAACAGUUACCGAUGCCCGUUGGGUUGGAGCAUGGUGGCUGGGCAUUCUGAUUUGUGCAUCACUGAAUCUUCUUGCCGGAAUACCUUUUUGGUUUUUGCCCAAGUCCCUUGUGAAGGAAGGAGAAACCAAUGAACCUGAGGAGUUCAGUAAAAAGAGUGCAAUACUAUUGCAAGAAAACGAUAAAAAUGAAGCCAAGCAGACCAUGUAUGAAAUUGCUAAAGAUUUCAUUCCGUUCCUCAAGGCUCUGUUUCGCAACCCAGUUUAUAUGUUAUUUAUAUGCAUAACUGUGUUACAGUUCAGCGCAUUCAAUGGCAUGAUAUCCUUCAUGCCAAAAUACUUGGAACAGCAGUUUGGAAAAUCUGCAUCAGACGCCAUCUUUUUAAUUGGUGUUUACAACUUACCGGUUAUAUGCAUUGGAUAUUUUUUUGGAGGCUUGUUCAUGAAGAAGUUCAAGACAAAUAUCUCUCAGGCUGCAACCAUAGCAUUUUGGAUAUCUUUACUGGAAUACCUUCUUUACUUUACUGCACAUUGGACUAUCUGUGACCCUUCACCAGUUGCUGGCCUAACGGUUUCGUAUGAAGGGCUAGAGCAAGUCUCAUAUGCAGAAAAUACUCUAUUUGCUGGCUGCAACAGUGAUUGUAAUUGCACGCUCAAAGUAUGGGACCCAGUCUGUGGGGACAAUGGAAUCACUUAUGUGUCACCUUGUCUUGCUGGGUGUAAAGCCUCAAGGGGAACUGGAAAACAUGUGGUAUUUGAAAACUGCACCUGUGUUGCAGCCUCAGGGUUUUCAUCUCAAAAUGUCUCCGCAAUUCUGGGCCAGUGUGACAGAAAAGAAAACUGUGACAAGAUGCUUCAUUAUUUUUUAAUAUUGUCAUUAGUCUGCAGCUUCAUUUUUUCCUUAUCAGCCAUGCCUGGGUAUAUGGUCUUAAUAAGGUCUCUGAAGCCUGAAGAAAAGUCAUUUGGAGUGGGUAUCCAUGGACUAGCUGCUAGAGUAUUUGCUGGAAUUCCAUCUCCCAUUUAUUUUGGAGCUUUGAUAGAUACCACUUGCUUGAAGUGGGGUACUAUGAGUUGUGGAGGAGAAGGAGCAUGCAGGAUAUAUGACAUUGUCACUUACAGAUGGCUCUACCUGGGUCUGCCAGAAAUAUUGCGUGGAGUGUCCUAUAUCCCAUGUGCAUUAAUUCUCCUUAUUUUAAAGAAGACACUUAAAUCUUCUGAAAGCAAAGUCUUAAUAAAUGCACCAGUGGAAAUGCAGGCUAAAGAAGAAGAAAAUGAGUCAGUAAAAUAGCACUUCAGGGGAGGAUAUAUCAUGAAAAAACCUUGUAGUGUAAAUUUUGGACAUAUCUUUGAAAAAUUUCUUAAUUUUAGUAGUGAGCUCUUGGACAGACAUUAACAGAAUUACACCUAGUUAUAUCCGAAUUCUAUUCUUAGAAAAAUAUCAGUUCAUGAACAGAGUUUGCAGAAAAAAUGUGAGUGCUUUAUGCAAAAGAGCAAGAAGUAGAAAUAUGAAAACUUAUGAAAUGCCAGGGCUGAGUCAUCUGAUCAAAGGGCUAUGAAGCAAAAACAUGUAUUUUGAAUCCUGGUUUCAGUGAAGUUGGAGUUUUGCAACUGACUUCAGUGAUGCCAGAUUUCAUCCUGGAAUUCCCCAGUGGCUUCUGUCACAGCCUCUCUCAUUGACUGUAGACAGGUCACACAGCUUCUUUGGGCCUCAGUAUUCCAUACAAUUAUUUAAUUAUAUUGCUAAUCCUUGCAGGCAGGGACUGUUUGUUCGUACGUAGAGAGUAGAUGCCCAGUGUAAUGAACCUGGUUUAUGACAUGGCCUGGGUGCUUUGGUAACAAGAACAACAAAUAAAAAUAAAUUAAAAAUUAAAAAACGACUGUUUUAUGGGGAUGUUUUUAAGGCUUGAAUACAGCGAGGACAAGGAAAAGUUCUCGGGAUUUGUCACUUCAGUCACAUUCACUUUAGAAGGGAAUAACUUGUAUAUUAAGAGUGAUAGAAUAGUAAGUGGGGGUAUUUUGCCAGCAAAUUGAUAGCUAUUAAAUCCUAUACCUUUUCACAUUUUGUCAGAUUAUUCUUUGAAUGAUAAAUAGCAGUAGUCACCUAUGUGCUCUUCCUGGUCUUUGUCCCAACUAUUAUUUCUCUCGUAUGUGGUGCUGCGAUGUAGGCAGUAUCCAUUUGGGGUUCAGUGUCAGUUGGCCACUGCCCUAAGAUGUCUUAGGUAUCUCAGGAAAAGACCCAUACAGACAAUCCUGCUGGUAGGAGUGUAUAUCAUACUAGGUGCGUAUUUGGUUGAGCACAGUGCGUUGCUGUUUAGCCUCUAGACUGCAACUGCCUCAUGUUUGGCUUCAGUGCAGAGGAGCUGAGGUCUGUCUGGAGUCAGCCACACGAGAACUUCUUAAGCCCUUUUAGUAUAGGUAUUGGAAAUCUCCCAGGCCCUGAUUGUUGUUGCCUGCUGCAUAAGGCAUGGAGGGAGCUUCUGGAACUGCAUUCUAUACCACAGACCAGCACUCCAGCACUUGCAAGUGUUUCCUACCUACUUAAUCUGUAUUACACGGAAUCACUCUUAUUUUACACAUCUGGGACCUUCUGCAGCCAUAGAAAAACAGGAAGGAUAUUUCACCAACAUAGUUACGUUAGACCAGUUAUAAGGUUAUACCAGACUCUUCAGUGUGGCUCAUUAACUGUGUUUGUAUAUGCUUGAAAUUGCUUCAGGUGAUAUCAUGUCCCUCAAUGACAAAACAUCAAUUUCCUUCCAUGGAGCAGGGAAUUCAUCUCCAAAAUUUAAAGUUUUCAGCUUAAAAUAUGAGAGGUCUUAUAGUCAAUUCUUUUGAAAAGAUCCGUCACAGCUCCUUUCUCCCUUUGCACCAGCUGAUGGAGCUGAACAGUUAUAACAUGAGGAAGGGGAAGAGAAGAGAAGGAAAAUGUGAUGCAGCCUGUAAUACAGAAGAGCAAAGAGUAUAGUUCUCUAUUGUGCCCCAGGUAUUGUAGAGGCGUUGCGAAUAUUUGAGGCACAGCUGAUUUUCAUUAUUGCUCUUGCUACCCUAGGGCACUUACUGAAAGUCGUCAUUCUUCCUUGUGCUGAUUACAUUCCUCCAAAGCUAGAGUUAAAAAUCUCUUGCAGGCAUUUAGUCACAGUUUGAUGCCAAGGUAACCUGGGAAUGUGAAAAGAUACAAGGUACUGAAGUUCCACAGCUGUGGCAAACAAAAGGGCCUUGUUAGCUAAGUAAAUCUGUGCCAUACAAAUGGACCACUGCCAAAGAGUCAGGCCCAGUUAACUCACUGUGUUUUGAAAUGGAACAAAGCAGAUAGGAACGUCUCCAAGUUUGAUGUUUAGCCUUUUGGUACUUACAUUCACUUUCUUUUUAAUUGUUUCAUUUCAUCUGCUUGACAAAGUGUGGCAGAGUAACAGCCCAUCCUCACCAAACAGUUUGAAAUCAUUACCCUGCCACUCAAUCCACUCAUCGACUUAGAAGGUGCUGGGUGGAGAGAAUGGAUGAUGGCAUGGUAGAGAGGUUUCUUGGCAUAAGUCUAAGGUGGGGACGCUACUUCUCCCGAGCUAAACCUGCAAAUGCAGAGUACAGGUCAUUCCAAAGCAAUCUUUAUAAAACCCUUAUAAUAUGCCAUAUCUGGUACAACAAAUAUUCCCGGGAUAAAAAUGUGUGGUAAGUUUCUUUUCUGAGUGCUCAAGAGCUGAGCAGAUGCUUUUCACAAUGCGGUCAACCACAUCUCUUUAUCACUGGCUCAGUAAAGGAUGCUUAUGGAUUGAGUUUUGAUUUUUAAACCUGCCAAGUGGAGGGCUGGGUGCUCAUGCCUGGAUGCAGAAGCUGACAGACACUGAGAAAACAACACUUGAUGUUGUUCUGGCAGUGUGACCAAUACUAUCAUAUUGGAGAUGUUUUAAAGACAAUGGUACGCAAAACUAUGUGUACAUCACGUAUUCAUCUAGCAUUUGGUAUUCAGUGCCUUUUGUAAUGAUUUGUGAUUUCUGAUCUGUUUUUUUGACCAUGGUCCAGCACUGAGCUGACCUUUUCAAAGAAACACCCACAAAAUCUUCAGUAUCUCACUGAAAAAGGUAACACUUAAUUUAAAGCACAUCUUUAUGCAUGUGUAAGAUAUGAUAUUAUUUUUAUAUUUACAUUAUGUUGUAUCAACUUUUCAUCGUCUGUUUUAUUGUCACGUCUCUCAGUAUUUUACAGGUCGUUGUAAGCAGGUUUAGAUCUACCUUAAAAAAUAUCAUCUCAUAUGAAUUUCAUUGUCUCCCUGCUGUUUCUAACAUUUAAGAAUUUAAGCCUAUUCCAAGUGCACGGCUAAAUAUUGCUGAUGAUGGGGUUUGGUUAAGGUAUGAUCCUUUUUACAGAGAAAAUUCUUCACCUGGGAGUGUAAAAGGGAAAAAAUGUUACCUGGCAAGUCCAUUUUAAUUAACAGGCAGGAGGGAGGUAUGGUGACUAAACCUUCAUCACUGAAUAAUAAUUUUGCUGAGGGCAAGUCUGUCUGGUUUAUGAUAUGAAUGCUGGCUUCAUAUCUGUGAUACAUACAUAUUAUACUAAUGUAUAGAUUCUGAAUAACAAGCAUUACAGGUUUGGACAAGUCUCAUUAUCAGUUCAAGUUCACUUUCUUUCUUCAGACGUUUCACCUAUAAACAUUGGGCUGCUUCCUGUAUCCUUUCUAUUUCAGGUUGAAUUUUAGCAGAUAGCCUCCCUGCAGGCUCUUCCCAUCCAAGCAAACUC